AUUCGAAUUUCAAAUUCGAUUCUAGGAUGUCUGAUAACCACAGCAGUGGUGUGUGUUUGAAAUUCUCUGUAUGUGUUUUAUCUCCAAGUAAUAAGUUAAACAUGACAUUGAUUCAUGCAUUUUACCAAGAUAUGGUCUGAUUUUAUACCCCGUCUGUCUCAGAGAGUGGUCACGCCGAAUUGUGAGCUGCACAUAAUGGGAUGCAAGCAACAAUAAUAAUUCAAUGGCCUGACACUUAAUAAUUUACAAUUUCUUAUUUAUUAACUUAGUUGGCAAUUUGUACAGUUACAUUACUAUUUAUUCCAUUKAACAAAAACGUAUUUUGCGCUGUCAUAUAUGCCAUCAUGUACAACGCUGCUGUUCUGUUUCAGUAGCCAUUAAACGCGACAUUGUAGCAAUUUACUAGCAACAUUCCAUUGAUAUUUUGUUGCUGAUCGUCACUAUCUAGUAUUCUUUCCCUGUGCAGCUUCCCAGACGCGUCUACUAUAAAGGAGGUUGGGGAGGCUGUGCUCACUACUCUCACUGACUUAACAUUUUCAAAAGCGUUCGCAGGACAUUUGUGUGCAGGGGGAAUUCUAGCUUUUUUUCGGCAUGACACUGUUAUUCAAAUACAGGUCGUAGGUGAAAUGCAGCAGAAGGUAUGUGCCAGGAGGACCUCUCUCUUCACUGAGAAUGGGCAGGCUUGUGGGGCAUCUGCUGACCCCCAGCUCCCAUUCAGGUGCCCUCGGUGUGGGGAGCAUAAGAGGUUCCGUAGUCUGGCCUCCUUGAGAGCCCACCUGGAAUACAGCCACAGCUACUACCACACCAUGCACGAGCUGAGCCUUCCGACCCUCAGGGGGCAUUCUCACCCAGAGAGAGCCCUGCACGGACGCUCCCUGAGUGACACACGAGAGGUCACUAUCUGCAUAGAGAGGUGUCGUAUGCCUAGUGUGGGGACACAGGCAGCUGAGGAGAUGAAGACUGAGAAUGAAGAGGAGGAUGAUGAGGAGGAAGAGGCCAGUAAAGAUGGUCUCAAAAUCCACAAGUCCAGCCCUGGGACAGAUCAUAUCCCUUCCCCUUUUCCAUUUGACGAACCUCCAGACCCAGGCAGCAAGCUUGAGGUAGUGUUUCCAGAGCGGAAUGUCUGUACCGAGGCGAUGUCGCUCCGGCACAGGCUGGCCAAGGUCCUACGGGCGGUGGACAGCACCAUGCAGAGGAGGCUGCACAGGGUCAGCACGGAGCUUGCCAAGACGGACACAAAGCUGCUGUGUGAGCGUGCCCUCUCCCAGCACCUGGCGCAGGAGAGGCAGGAGGUACAGGAGAAGGAGAGGGCGCUGAGCGGGCAGGUGGACGUAGCCGUGAUGGUGAUUGCCACGCUGAAGGAGCAGCUGAAGGAGUCAGAGUACGAGCUGGAGAGGCGAGAACAAGAAGUCAUCACCAUUCAGAAUUUCCUUCAGGCUGCCACCCAUCAUGAGAUAUGUGGUAAAGUUCGGAUCCAACGUUUCAUUGAGAACCUGCUCAAACGCAUCGCCCUGGCUGAGAGGUUACUGGAGUACUAUCAGAGCUCCCCCAGUCCACCAAACUACACAGAUUACAUGCACCAGACAGCUGAAAACAGACCUCAUAGAAUCCCCAAAAGCAGGCAAGUUUGUGAACUAGAUCUUUUUACUGUUGAUAUACUGUACAUUAUCUACACUUUCCAUAGUAGGUCCUUGUGUUUUUGGCCAUGGCUUAGUGUCUCACUUUGAUUAUAAUCCUACAUUUCCAGUUUCAAAGGUUAGUACAUGGUUACAUAUAAAUUAUGCAUAGGGAUCCCUUGUCGCCAAUGAGAUUUUGUCAGCCUCAUUCAUUAGUAAUGAUUCUACACGUGAGACGUUUUAUCUUCUCCACUAAUCCUGAGUCUGUCAUCGUUGCCUGCUGUUUGUUGAAGCAUUGGUUUCGUGUCUGACGUUUGUUGAGCUGUCCUCUGAUUCUAGGUCAGCGGGUUGUCAGCUGUCACAGGCCUGUCCCCAGGAAGGUAGAACGCACCGCUCCCAGUUAGGGCGGAAAGUGGGCCACUCUGGCUACUUCAGACCUGAUCGCAGAGAUGAAGUCUUGACCCAGUGCAGCAGAUCAGCUGGAUUUGUGGAAUAGGUAACCUGACCAGGGCCGACAAAUGAAUGUAUAUAGGAUAUGUAUUUACUCAAUGUAUAGCUAAUACUGAGCAGGGUUGCAUCAAAGUCUUUAUGUCCAUGUGUACGCUGGUUUUUGCUCCAUUCUCAAAUCGUAUUUUGUCACAUGCUUCGUAAACAACAGGUGUAGGCUAACAGUGCAUUGCUUACUUAUGGGCCCUUCCCAAAAAUG